CUUGUUUCUCGCUUUGGCUGUGCUCAUGACGUUGUUUGUGUAGAGAUCCUGUGGUGCACCCAGCUGAGAGGAAUACUGAUCAGUUUGCUGUAGCUGCAAGAAACUCUUGGGGGAGGGUGCUUUUGCGAUGGAGGGAAAAUUUCUAAAAGGAAACAGCCGUGAGAUGCUUGGUCAGGAUGGCAGUCUGGUGAAGAAGACACAACUGCUAGAUCGAGGCCAAUGGGGGAACAAGUUGGAAUUUCUGUUGGCUGUAGCAGGAACCCUGGUUGGGCUAGGAAACCUCUGGAGGUUUCCCUAUUUGUGCUACAAAAAUGGGGGAGGUGCAUUUCUGGUUCCUUACGUCUUGUUUCUGCUCUCUUGUGGCAUACCAAUGUUUCUCCUGGAGACGGCCAUGGGACAGUUCACAUCUCAAGGAUGCAUUACCUGCUGGAGGCACUUCUGCCCUUUGUUUGAAGGGAUUGGCUACGCUACCCAGCUUGUGAUUGCAUAUGCUGCGGUGUCGUACAUUGUCAUCCAGGCAUGGGCCUUCUUCUACCUCUUCUCAUCCUUCAGCGCUGAGAUCCCAUGGGCCAGCUGCAGAAACACCUGGAACACAGAGUUUUGUGUUGAAUUUGAUAAAAGUAAUGCGUCACACAACUGGAUUGCAAACGCAACAACGCCUGCAACAGAAUUCUGGGAGAGGCGGGUGUUGGGCAUAUCUCAAGGGAUUGAUGAGAUUGGGAGCCUGAGGUGGGAGUUGGCCUUGUGUCUCUUACUGGCGUGGGUCCUUUGCUACUUCUGUGUUUGGAAAGGAGUGAGAUCCACUGGGAAGGUGGUUUACUUUACAGCCACGUUCCCUUACGUGAUGCUGGUGGUUCUGCUGGUGCGUGGACUCACUUUACCAGGAGCUAUGAAUGGCAUCGCUUUCUAUCUGUAUCCUGACCCAACAAGGUUGGUGGACCCUCAAGUUUGGAUGGAUGCAGGUGCACAAGUUCUUUUCUCGUUUGGGAUUUGUCAGGGCAGUUUGACAGCUCUGGGCAGUUACAAUCAAUACAACAAUGAUUGCUACAAGGACACGUUUGUUCUGUGUUUAGUGAAUGGCGGGUCAAGCUUUGUGGCAGGUUUUGCCAUCUUUUCAGUCCUGGGCUUCAUGUCCUACGAACAAGGUGUGCCAAUAUCUGAAGUGGCUGCUACGGGCCCCGGCUUGGCAUUUAUUGCCUAUCCACGUGCAGUAGCCAUGAUGCCUUUUCCGCAGAUAUGGUCUGUGUGUUUCUUCAUCAUGGUCAUACUGUUGGGGGCAGAUACACAGUUUGUUAGUCUGGAAUGCCUGAUGACCUCCGUGACAGACAUGUUCCCCAACGUGUUUCGGAGAGCUUACCGUCGGGAAUUGCUGCUGCUCUGUCUCUGCAUUAUCUGCUUCUUCCUCGGCCUCCUCCUCGUCACCGAGGGAGGCUUGUAUUUCCUACAACUCUUUGACCACUAUGUCUGCAGCGGCAACAAUCUGCUGCUUCUUUCAGCGUGUCAGUCGAUAGCAAUGGGAUGGGUGUAUGGUGCAAAUCGUCUCUAUGACAACAUUGAAGACAUGGUAGGCUAUCGUCCAUCCUCCGUAAUGAAGUACUGCUGGCUUUACAUUACCCCCACUGUUUGUCUGGGUACCUUUGUGUUUUCAUUGGUGAAAUACAAGCCCCUAAAGUUCAACAAAACCUAUGUCUAUCCGCCCUGGGCCUACGCUUUGGGCUGGUGCCUGGGAUUGUUCUGCGUUCUCCUGGUUCCUCUGUGGAUCGUCUUUAAACUCAUGCAGAUGAAAGGGACAGUGGGGCAGAACUUCAGGCAGCUUUGUCGUCCUGAAAUCCAGACGCACGACGCAGCGAAGCAGCCCGAGCAAUGCCCCCUGGACCCCGACAACACGCUGACUCCUGCUGCCAACGAAUACAAAGCAAGUGGUGGAGCUGAGAUGGAGAUGCAAAUGUGGAAAAAAUGAACAUUUCUGACAAGGUUUCAAAUGGGAUGAUUUUAAACUCAAGUGAAGCCUUUGUAAAGAAAUUAUGGUGAGCAAUUAAUUCGGACCUCCAGCUCCGUUGGGUGACCAAACCAGGUCUGCAACAUGCUCAAUGAGCAGUGAGUCUUGUGUCACUGUGAAAUGUCUCUGCUGUGGACUAACAAUAUGUUGAUUUGAAACAGUUUUGAAACGUUCUUUUUUUCAGUUAAAAAAACCCUUUGUUGUGUCAGAUCAAUUCAUAAUUUUCCUGUUUCAGUGUGUCAGAGGAUCAAGAAAUGCCCUUAUUGAACAUUCAUAACAUGUACUGUUCGCAACAUUUUGUGGAGGUAUUUUUAUAUAUAUAUAUAUAUACAUAUAGAAACAAAUGGAAAUGGUUUGCUUUAUACGUGAUAUUAUUAUAUUGUCCUUGAUUUGCUUUGUUCCAUAUCAUAUAUUUGCUGUUACAUGUAUUUACUUGAAUCUGUUACUUAUUAUACUAUAAUUAAAUGUAGGGUCAUUUACAGAGUCUGCUACUGAGAGAUAAAACUCUUACUUAUUUUCUACACAUAAAAUGUUAGUUGACUGUGAACAUGCUCCCUGGCACUCUAAAGCCAUUCCUAAAUAAUACCAUACAAUCAAUACAUUUUCAGAUUAAGAUUUUGAGAUUUUGUAUUAAUUCAACAUAAACACUGCAGUAGUUGAUAUUUGAUCAUUCAGAACUUGUACCAGUUCUGAUUCAAGCCUCCGUGUGGAUUCUUCUCCAUAGCAACGGCUGCUGAGGGUCAUGGGAACUGUAGUUCUUGGAACAAUUGGCCAUUCCAAACCAAUUGUAUACAUUAAGUGGAAAUGUUUUUUUAAUUCCCACAAUGCAAGUCAUGAUCAAAAUAACCUUCAAAUAUGAUUGAAAACGCGUAUUUACUAAUAUUUUUGGAACCUGCAGCUUUUCCCAAAGGAAAUGCCUCCCUUGAAAGGCAUGUUUUGCACAAACACGAUUUUCAGAUCUAUUAUUAUUAUUAUUACUGUUAUUAUAGCACAUGUGCACCUGUAUGUUAGUCGAUUGAGACUUUUUUACCCCGCUGUAGUUGUUUUGUUACUGUAGUGGAGAUCCAUAACAGUUCAUUCCUGGAAAACUGACCAUGAAUUUACCAUCACAUCAAACAAGGCGUGAUGAUGGUUCAUCAAAGCCGUCAGGCUCCUUAAUGUUGACUAUGUGUGAGCAAUGUAGAACAUAUUUUUUCAAAUCAUAUCCAUGUUGUGAGAACUCAAUACAUAUCAUAUUGUGCAGA